AUGCGAUCAUUCUGCAGCAAGAACUCUGCUAGUCUGCUGGUGCUGUGGUGGUGCUUCAUGGUGCUGCAUGCAGCGUCCGCCACUCCGGGGGUCAAAUUCUCGAGCACCUUCUCGUCCAGCAAUCGAGCGGCGUUGUUGUUGAGGCGACCGAAUUCGAAUUCCAAUUCAAUUGCCGUCCAAACGCAACCGUUCACAGCGCGUGACCGGAGCAGCAGCACCGAACCGGCCCUCGCGGAUACCGUGAGCCGAGCGGCGUACAUGAGAUCGAUCCCACUGCGAGUACUGAACUGUCUGGAGCACGUUUCGAUCGUCGAGUGUGGAAAGCUGUACCUGCUACAGAACAUGGAAUCGAAAGGAUAUCGAUUCGCGGACACCGGCAAUCUUACGCACGACAUCCAACAGGUGCUUCUGCCCGGAUACCGAAGCGCGGACAACAAACUAUUCAGCGAUCGGUUGCUGCAACUGAACGGAACUGACGUGAAUGAACGGCUUGGGCGAGGGCUACGAUUGCUGUUCAACGAACGGCUCGUCGAUCUGAAGCUUGUGCCCGGUCUGGCCGUCCGGUUGACGCCGAGCGACUCGAAUGAGCUACAGUUUUCCGUCAAGAAAGAGGUUGCCCUCGUGGACGGUGAGGUGGGCCGUGAUAAGGCAAAGAAGGGCCUCAAAACGGUGCUCCAGUUGACGGUACCGUUGAUCCUGUUGCCUUCGAUGCUGCUGGCGGGCAUACUACCGAUGAUACUGCCCGUCCUCAAGUUCGCCACCAUCUUCUCCAGUAUCGUGAACCACGCGGCACUGGCGGCGGCCAUCAUGUACCUGGCGAAGCAGCAUGCCGCCGAGCAGGAGAGCAAACAGACGGUCUACUUUAACGCCGGUUACAACUGA